AUGGCCGCUCCGCCGCGCCGCGGGGCCGCCGCUCCACCCCCGGUGCUGCCGGUGCUGCUGAUGCUGCUGCUGAUGCUGCCGCCGCCGGCGGUGCCUCUCGGCGGCGGGCCCGGCGCGGCGGCGUCGCGGGAGCCCCCCGGCCCCUGCCGGGUGAAGACGGUGACGGUGUCCACGCUGCCGGUGCUCCGGGAGAACGACAUCAGCUGGAGCGGAGCCCCGCCGCCCGCCGCCGCCGCCGAGUCCCGCCUGCUGCUCUUCGUCCGCAGCGAGCUGCCCGGCCGCGUCGCCGUGCAGGACGAUCUGGACAACACCGAGCUGCCCUUCUUCACCCUCGAGAUGUCGGGGACCGUGGCUGACAUCUCGCUGGUGCACUGGAAGCAGCAGUGGCUGGAGAACGGCACCCUGUACUUCCACGUCUCCAUGAGCAGCGCCGAGCAGCUCUCCCGGGCCACCCCCCCCAGCCUCCAGGAGCCCUCGGAGAUAGUGGAGGAGCAGAUGCACAUUCUUCAUAUCUCAGUCAUGGGCGGGCUGAUCGCGCUGCUGCUGCUCCUCCUGGUGUUCAUGGUGGCCCUGUACGCCCAGCGGCGCUGGCACAAGCGCCGCCGCAUCCCGCAGAAGAGCGCCAGCACCGAGGCCACCCACGAGAUCCACUACAUCCCCUCGGUGCUGCUGGGCCCCCAGGCCCGAGAGAGCUUCCGCAACUCCCGCCUCCAGGCCCACAACUCCGUCAUCGGGGUGCCCAUCCGAGAGACCCCCAUCCUGGACGACUACGAGGACGAGGAGGAGGAGGAGACCCCGCGGCAGGCAGAGCCCAGCACCAGGGAGGACGAGUUUGGCAGCCAGGUGACACGGACACUGGAGAGCCUGGGGCGGGGCGGGGAGGAGAAACCCGACUACGAAAAGAAAGCUCCCGAGGUGACGCAGGAGACGGUGGAAUCCCUGAUGCAGAAGUUCAAGGAGAGCUUCCGCACCAACACGCCCAUCGAGAUCGGGCAGCUCCAGCCCGCGCUGCGCAGCACGUCCGUGGGGAGACGGAAACGCCGGAGCCGCCCCCGAGGUGGGAUCGGGUUUGGACGUGCCAAAGGAAACUCUGGCUCAGAGGCAGAUGAUGAAACCCAGCUCACCUUCUACACGGAGCAGUAUCGGAGUCGGAGACGAAGCAAAGGUUCCAUGAAGAGCCCUGUCAACAAGACAGCCCUGACCCUGAUUGCAGUCAGCUCCUGCGUGCUGGCCGUGGUCUGUGGCUCGCAGCUCUCCUGCCCGCUGACCGUCAAGGUGACUCUGCACGUACCUGAGCACUUCAUCGCCGACGGCAGCAGCUUCGUUGUGAGCGAGGGGAGCUAUUUGGACAUCUCUGACUGGCUUAAUCCAGCCAAGCUGUCCCUGUACUAUCAGAUCAAUGCCACGUCCCCCUGGGUGAGAGACCUCUGUGGACAGAGGACCACUGAUGCCUGUGAGCAGCUCUGUGACCAAGACACAGGAGAGUGCAGCUGCCACGAAGGGUACGCCCCAGACCCCGUCCACCGGCACUUGUGUGUGCGCAGUGACUGGGGACACAGCGAAGGGCCGUGGCCCUACACAACGCUGGAGCGGGGAUAUGACCUGGUCACAGGAGAGCAGGCACCAGAGAAGAUACUCAGGUCUACCUAUAGUUUGGGUCAAGGGCUGUGGCUUCCAGUCAGUAAGAGCUUCGUGGUGCCCCCUGUGGAGCUUUCCAUCAAUCCUCUUGCCAGCUGCAAGACAGAUGUUCUGGUGACGGAAGAUCCAGCAGAUGUCAGGAGCGUGCUGCAUUCCUCCAGACCUUUCAUUAGUCUGACACCUUUGGCUCAGAGGUCGCUUGUCUUGAAGAGUUUAAUGGAAGGAAAUUGCAGAAAGCCUGGCUUGGAGAAAACAAGUGAUGAAGUCUUUACAACUCAGAGGGCUAAAGGUUCAAAUGUGGCCCUGUGUUUUUAUGAAGAUGCUGAAGACUGCAGAGGGGCAGGAACCCAGCAGAAGGCGAAGGAAGAAGCGAUGCUGUCCACCUACUUCGAAACCAUCAAUGACUUGCUCUCCUCCUUCGGGCCGGUCCGGGACUGUUCCCGCAACAACGGCGGCUGCACCCGCAACUUCAAGUGUGUUUCGGAUCGCAAGGUGGACUCCACGGGCUGUGUGUGCCCCGAGGACCUCCGACCCAUGAAGGAUGGCACCGGUUGCUAUGACUACUCCAAAGGGAUCGACUGCUCAGAUGGCUUCAACGGGGGCUGUGAGCAGCUCUGUCUCCAGCAGACCCUCCCUCUGCCCCACGACCCCUCGUCCAGCACCAUCUUCAUGUUCUGUGGGUGCGUGGAGGAGUACAAGCUGGCCCCAGAUGGGAAGUCCUGCCUGAUGCUCUCUGACAUCUGCGAGGGCCCCAAGUGCCUGAAGUCGGAUGCCAAGUUCAACGACACCCUUUUUGGGGAGAUGCUUCAUGGCUAUAACAAUAGGACCCAGCAUGUCAACCAAGGCCAGGUGUUCCAGAUGACUUUCAGGUAG